CGGUCCCUUUAAGAGGCCCGGCGCUGGGCCCGCGCGCCGCCGCCAUGGCCGCGCAGCGGCUGGAGGACAGGCUGACCUGCGCCAUCUGCCUGGGGCUCUACCAGGUGCCUGUGACGCUGCUCUGCGGCCACAACUUCUGCAGGGGCUGCAUCCAGGACUGGUGGGGCCGCAACGAGAAAGCGUGCCCCGAGUGCCGGGAGCCCUUUCCCGCCGGCGCCGAGCCGCGCCGCAACGUGGCUCUCAGCGGCGUGGUGGAGGAGCUGCGCGCCCGGCCCGCGCCCGGUCCCGGCCCGGGCCCCGACCCCGACCCCGGCCCCGGCCCUGGCCCCGGCCCCGGCCCCGACUCCGGCGCGCGCUGCCCCCGGCACGGGCGGCCGCUCGAGCUCUUCUGCCGCACCGAGGGCCUCUGCGUGUGCAGCGCGUGCACCGUGCGCGCGUGUCGCCUCCACGAGCGAGUGCUGCUGGACGCCGAGCGCCGAGAGCGCGAGGCCCAGCUGAGAGCUACACUGGAGGUCACCCAGAAGCAGGCUACCGAGGCUGAGAGCCAACUACGGGAGCUGCAGCAGCGAAGCAUCCAGGUCCAGAGCUCAGCCUGCACCCUGGCAUCCAUGGUCUCUGGCAAGUUCAGCCGUCUGCUGCAGGCCCUGGAGAUGCAGCGGGCCUUGGCUCUGAAGAACAUCGAGGCGGCCAAGACUCAGGCGCUGGAACAGGCCCGGGAUGAGGAACAGCGACUGCAGGGCCACCUGGAGGCCUUGACUCACUGUGAUCACAGGAUUCACGACCUCCUGGAGCAGUCAGAUGACUGCACCUUCCUCCAGGAAUCACGGCUCCUGGCGCCCCCAGGGCCUCUGGGGCCACUGACUCUCCCGCAGUGGAACGAAGAUCAGUUUGGAGGCCUGAAAGAGUCACUGAGCCAGCUGUGUGGCCUCCUCCUAGAAGCGGGGAGCCCCCCCGUAGUGCCAGCCGAGGCUGCUGCCUUUGACUCCAUGGAGGCCCCAGGUCCCCUGGCACCAGUCCUGAGCCCGCUUUGUCCACUGCGGAGGAAGCUCUGGCAGAAUUAUCGCAACCUGACCUUUGACCCUAUCAGUGCCAACCGCCACCUCUACCUGUCUCGGCAGGACCAGCAGGUAAAGCACUGUCGCAAGCCCCAGGGCCCAGACAGGCCAGACAGCUUCGAGCUCUGGCAGGUGCAGUGUGCCCAGAGCUUCCAGGCCGGCCGGCACUACUGGGAGGUGCGUGCGUCCAGCCACUCAGUGACCCUGGGUGUCGCCUACCCGGAACUGAAAAGGCGCAAGCUGGGUCCCCACACAGACAACAUCGGCCGCGGGCCCACCUCCUGGGGGCUCUGCAUUCAGGAGGACCGCACCCAGGCCUGGCACAACGGGGAGGCCCAGCGCCUCCCAGGGGUGUCAGGACGGCUCCUGGGCAUGGAUUUGGACCUGGCCUCUGGCUGCCUCAGCUUCUACAGCCUGGAGCCCAAGACCCAACUCCUGCAUACCUUCCACGCCAUCUUCACCCGGCCCCUCUACCCCAUUUUCUGGCUCCUCGAGGGCAGGACCCUGACUCUGUGCCAUCGGACUGAAGCCAAGCCCCCUCCAGGGCUCCAGGAAGAGGCCGCAGGGCUCGGCUAAGGAAAGCCUGGGAUGGAGCCCGGGGUUGGGACCAGGCGCCACCAUGCCUGUGUGCCCAAGAACCACCCCAGCCCCUGGCUUGGGAACCUGAGGCCACAGCUCAAAUGGGACCAGUUCUUGGCUGGGAGACUGGCUAAGGACCAGGCCGGGCCACUCGGAGAGAGAGCCAGCAGGGUGGAGUGGGGGAGUCUCCAAACUGGAGGUCCCUUUGCCACCUCUUUGAAGGGACAGGAGCUGAAGCGAGUAAAAUGGGAGCGCAGUUCCAGGAGCUGCCUGGACCUCAGAAGCUGGGGCGGUGCCUGAGGCUCCUGGUCCUACGGGGGAGCCGUAAUGGGCCAGCCAGCCAGCCAGGCGUCAGCCCCAGCUUGACCUCCCUCCCAGCCAGCGUGGACCCAGGGGCAAAAGGAAAUCUCAAGAAAAUUGAUUUGUACCUUCUCGCUCUUGUUCUUUAUCUUUUUUUUUUUUUUUUCUCCCUUAACAUUUUUGGUAUAUUUUUGUCUUUUUCUCUUUGGACGUCCUCAUGACUGCAUUCUUUAGGCAAUUGUGUUUUCUGCACUUUCUGUGUAACAGAAGCAUUUUUCUCAUUGUUAACCUUUUCCCCUGAAUGACCACGAUACAAACGGCCAUGCUAAUGUCUGUCAGAGUAUAUCUGCCCAUUGCUGGACCUUCAAAAUGUUUUAUUUGGGGCUGUAAAAAUACGGCCAUGAUAACUAAUUUUUGAGCUGGGAGCUUUGGUCAUAUGACAGCUAUGGACGGAAGCUUCAUUCCCUAAAGAGGAAUUACCCAACAGGGAAACGGUGAACACUUAAAGAUGUUAUUUUUAUGCGAAAGACCAAAAUGAGGAAACCUUGAGUCAAGCCAACUGGCGCCUCUGCCCCCUUGUCACAGCAGCCAAGUUAGCUUGGCAGAGCCUGGGCCUCCGUCCCCCGCCCCCCUGCCAAUCCCCGCCCAGGGUGUGGGGUUAAGUGCAGUAGUUCAUGUAGUUCCAGUAUGGUGCUAACUCCUUUUAUUUUGCUCUUUUCUAUUCAGAACAUGUUUCCGAGAAGAUUCUGGUACAUGUUUGGGCUUGUGUUCCUGGAACUGAGGGUUCUGGGUCCUAGCAGAGCAGUAAUUUCGUACUUGAAAUGUGCCACUUCUUGAUCUGGGUUCUGUGGGUGUUUGCUUUACGACUUUACACUGUGCAUAGGUGUUUUAUAAACUCAGUUGUCAGUAUCA